AUGGCGUCGACAGGCAACUAUUUCACGCGCAUCUACGAGCGCGCAGCAGAUAUGGUGAACCAAGUGAGGCAUGUGUCGUCCGACGAGACACGCCCCUUGCUGCAUGGCCAGGGCCAGCGUUCAUACCAAGGCACCGAGGACGACUCGAUUCCUGUUCCCAAGCCGCGUCCUGUCGUGACGCCUGUCAAAGUGGAAGCGAAAGUUUGGUUUGCGAAUGAGCGAACGUGGAUCUCGUGGCUACGUGCGUCGCUGCUUCUGGGCACGCUCGCGCUUGCUCUCUUCAACUCAGCCACAUACUACGACCCCAAGACGUCGACGGACCCCAUGGUGCCAGACUAUGAGGGCCGUCCCCGUGCGGCCAAGGCUAUUCGCACGUUUGGCUUGGUGUACGCUCUGAUCUCUGCCUUUGUGCUUUUGUGGGGUCUGUAUAGCUAUCAGCGCCGCGUCACCCUCAUCAAGAUGCGCUGGCCGGGCAGUUUCGACGACCUGAUUGGCCCCCCCUUGGUGUGUGGUGCUACCUUCAUCGCCGUGCUGGCCAACUUCAUUGUGGCCGUGCAUCAGUAUUUGGAGUAG